ACCCUCGAGCGUCCCAAGCAACUACCUUCCCGCAACAACGAAUUUCAUCAUUUUUUCAGACAACCCAGCUCAGUCAGACCACCAACGGAAACAAAAAUAUGCCUUCCUACAUUGUUACGUGCAAGAAGGAUGCGACCGACGACCAGGUCAAAUCCGUGAAGGAGCACGCCACGAACCAGGGCGGCACGAUCACGCACGAGUACAACCUGAUCAAGGGUUUCGCUGUCAAAUUUGACGAAGACACUGUUCAGAGCCUUGAGGCACACGAGCACGUCGAGCAGGUCGAGGCGGAUGGCGAGAUGAAGAUUCAGUAGACGACAGCAUUCCAAACAUGAGGUCCCAAGGAACAGCAUCACAACCCAGCAUAUAGAAUACACUGCCCAUCGGUACCUAAUUCAAAGUGCAAUCGCCUGCUUCUCGG